AUGAAAGCGAGAAGUAAGCGUUUGCCAGCAGUACUCCUGCUUUUUGGAAUCAUAUAUUUGCUGCAUUUCGCCGGCAAGAGGCCCCAACUGCCAUCUCUAGAGCGAAGAUUGACAAGUAAGUUCAGUUCUCAGGACGAAAUGCCUAUCGAGAAGCAUAUCUGGCAGUCGUGGAAAACCAGGGAAAGGUUGGGAAAAGAGUUUAAAGAGAACACGCAACUGUGGGCCGCGUCAACUGACUAUAAUUACCAUUUUUUGGAUGACGAUCAAGCACUCGAUUUCGUUGAGAAAUACUACGCAGAGUUUCCGGAAGUUAUUCAUGCCUAUCGCAUACUGCCGCGGAAAGUACUCAGAGCAGACUUCUUCAGGUAUCUCGUGGUACUCGCGCAAGGUGGUAUAUACGCGGAUAUUGACACUCGGUUGAACGUCCGUGUUGAUGCCUGGUUAAAAGACGCGCAAAUAGCACGAAUCGCUCGGGAAUAUGGCAUAAGCAUGGCGAACAUAAGUGCCAUUAUUGGCGUCGAAGAUGAAUGCGACUGCUGGGGUUGGAGAGCCGUCUUUACAAGAAGGCUCCAGUUCUGUCAGUGGACCUUUGCGGCCAAAAGAGGACAUCCCAUUUUUGUCGAUUUGGUUUCCAAGACCACACAUCUCACCCUCAAUAAUUAUGACGCUAGUAGCGGUCUUCUUACUUUCCCAAAAGGAUACAAAGGCAUGGGAAAUACUGCACCAGUCUAUAAUAUGACUGAAGGUAGCAAUUCCUGGUACGAGGGUAUUUUAGAGUGGACCGGGCCUGGACCUUUCACUGACUCCAUAUUUCACUACUUGAACACAUACUAUGCUACCUACUUCAAGGAUCUUCUCGAGGGAAGUGAUAAUGUCGUAUCUUGCAGCUCCGAUAAGCAGUGCUUUAUAGAUCCCAAUAAACCUCUGGAUAUAAUAUCAAACCUGCAGUAUCCCCCGCCGCAUGGAGAUAACCUUUUAGGCAGAAAGCUACCUCGACAACCAUUAGGCUGGGAAAAUUUCACAAUGAUUGAAGAACCAAUUUUGGUCGGAAGUGUGGUUAUAUUGCCUAAAAAAUAUUUUAAUCAGAAACACGCAACCGAUCCGACAGAAAAUUACGUUGAACAUGGUUUUAAAGGGACCUGGAAGUGGUCCCAAAGUUGA